UUGCAGGGAGAAGAAAGAUGGAAAGUAAUGCAGUUCUACUGGAAUCCAAGUCCUCUCCCAUCAACCUGCUGAAUGAAAUGCAUCAGCUGCGUCUCCUGGGCCACCUCUGCGACGUGACUGUCAGUGUGGAGUACCAAGGGGUCAGGGCAGAGUUUGCUGCUCAUAAGGCUGUGUUGGCAGCAACAAGCAAGUUUUUCAAGGAGGUGUUCCUUAAUGAGAAAGGCAUGGAUGGCCCAAGGACCAACGUGUUCCUGAACGAGGUCCAGGUUGCUGAUUUCGCUUCGUUUCUUGAGUUUGUCUACACUGCUAAGGUAGAAGUGGAAGAGGACAGGGUGCAGCGUAUGCUGGAAAUAGCUGAAAAGCUGAAGUGCUUGGACCUUUCAGAAACCUGCUUCCAAUUAAAGAAGCAGAUGCUUGAAUCGGUGCUGUUGGAGCUGCAAAACUUCUCGGAAUCACAGAACUCCGAGGAAGAGGGCGCUGCCGAGCCAGGCAUUUUGCUGGAAUCCAAAGCAGCUGCUGCAGCAGAGGCUGACCAGGCAGGGUGUCCUCUGGAUCUUCCCAGCUCCCCGGCAGGCAGGCCCAGCAACAGGGUGUCUCCUGAGAUGCCAGCUGCCAAAUCAAAAGAGAAAAUGGACAAAAAGAAGGAAGUGCUGAAGCCUCCUUUUGCCAAAAUCAGGCGGGCAAGUGGGAGACUGGCUGGGAGGAAAGUGUUUGUGGAAAUCCCAAAGAAGAAAUACACGAGGCGGCUGAGAGAGCAGCAGAAGAAUGCAGAGGUCACUGCUGAAGACGACGCGUACCCUCAGGACCAGGAUACAUGUGAUGUGGAGAGGGAAGAGGAGCAGGUGGAGAGCAACAUCAAACCCGAAAGCGAGGAAUGCGACAGCAACCUCGAAUCAGAAGAAAGCCUGAAGAAAUCCGAAGAGGAUAAAAAGAAACGAGGCAGUAACUUCAAGUGCAGCACGUGCGAGAAGGAAUUCCUGUACGAGAAGAGUUUCCUGAAGCAUAUCAAGCACAGCCACGGCAUCGCAGCCGAGAUCGUGUACCGGUGUGACACCUGCAGCCAGACCUUUGCCAACCGCUGCAACCUCAAAAGCCACCAGCGCCACGUCCACAGCAGCGAGCGCCACUUCCCUUGUGAGCUCUGCGGUAAGAAGUUCAAGAGGAAGAAGGACGUCAAGAGGCACAUUCUCCAGGUUCAUGAGGGUGGUGGGGAGCGUCAUCAGUGCCAGCAGUGUGGAAAGGGGUUGAGCUCCAAAACUGCCUUGAGGCUCCAUGAAAGGACGCAUACAGGCGACAAGCCUUAUGGGUGCACAGAGUGUGAGGCUAAAUUUUCUCAGCCUUCUGCACUUAAAACACACAUGAGAAUCCAUACUGGAGAAAAACCCUUUGUCUGUGAUGAAUGUGGUGCCAGGUUCACUCAGAAUCACAUGCUUAUAUAUCACAAACGGUGUCACACAGGGGAAAGGCCUUUUAUGUGUGAAACAUGUGGGAAGAGCUUUGCCUCAAAGGAGUACUUGAAACACCAUAACAGAAUCCAUACUGGAUCCAAACCGUUCAAAUGUGAGGUUUGCUUCAGGACGUUUGCCCAGCGGAACUCACUCUACCAGCACAUAAAAGUUCACACAGGGGAGCGUCCCUACUGCUGCGACCAGUGUGGGAAGCAGUUCACGCAGCUGAACGCGCUGCAGCGGCACCACCGCAUCCACACGGGGGAGAAGCCCUUCAUGUGCAACGCCUGUGGACGCACCUUCACUGACAAGUCCACCCUCCGCCGGCACACCUCGAUACAUGAUAAAAACACCCCCUGGAAAUCCUUCCUUGUCAUUGUGGAAGGAGCAUCUAAGAAUGAUGAAGGUCACAAAACGGAGCUUCCUGACGAAGAAUACGAUGUGUCACCUAAAAUCCCAGAGAAGCUGCUGUCCUUUUCAGAGAACGGCCAUUACCAGAGCCUGGGAGCCGUCCCCGGGAGCGUGACCGCGCUGCACGACACAAGCUCCGCUGCCGGCACAGACUGUAAGUCUGACGGGACUCCAGGCCCCCAGGAAGCCCUGAUGGCCACCACGCUUAGUGAGCUGACAGUGCUGCAGACACAGACAGACUCUCUUCAGCCACAGCUCCACACUCUGGUGAAUAUGGAAUAA